AGUGUGCACGUACGUACGUAUUUGUGUACAUAUAUACAGAGGUGCAUCGGCACGUCGCGUCCGUGGGCUUAAAAAGCGGAAUCAAAUCUACGCCCUUGAUCCGUCUCGUCAGCGCCAUUUCGGUCGGAUUUUCGAAACCAGUCCACGGCCAAAAUACCAAGGCUUCCACUAAGGCACCAUUGAUUCCGAAGCUAUGUCCGGGGAAGCGGGCACGACGGGGACAAGUACCCAUGCGUCUGCCGCGGCGACCGGACCCACCUCGGCGGUCAAGAUCCGUGGCUCGCCCAGCAAGUACGUGAAGCUCAAUGUCGGCGGUGCGCUGUUCUACACUACCAUCGACACGCUGACUAAACAGGAUAACAUGCUAAGGGCCAUGUUCAGCGGACGGAUGGAAGUAUUAACUGAUUCAGAGGGAUGGAUCCUGAUCGAUCGCUGCGGUAAGCACUUCAACAUCAUCCUGAACUACCUGAGAGAUGGCCAGAUCCCGCUCCCAGAAUUACAGAGCGAGAUUGAGGAACUCCACAACGAGGCCAAAUACUACCUGAUUCAGGGGCUGGUGGACCAGUGCCAGAAGGCGCUGAAGCGGAAACGCGACGAGUACUUCCCGGUCUGCCGCAUCCCUGUCAUUACCUCACAAAGGGAAGCUCAGUUGCUCAUUAACGGUUCCACAAAGCCAAUUGUCAAACUGCUGUACAACAGACAAAACAACAAAUAUUCCUACACAAGCAACUCAGAUGACAACAUAUUGAAGAACAUAGAGAUGUUUGACAAGCUCUCGGUCCGUUUCAACGGACGUGUCAUCUUCGUCAAGGACGUCAUUGGCGGCAACGAGGAGAUCUGCUGCUGGUCCUUCUACGGUCACAGUCGCAAGGUGGCCGAGAUCAGCUGCACGUCCAUCAUGUACACCAGUGAAAAGAAGCAGACCAAGGUUGAGUUUCCAGAGGCACGGAUCCUGGAGGAAACGUUAAAUAUUCUCCUCUACGAGAAGCUUGACAGCCAAGACGCCGAGGCCAUGCACAACAUAGGCACCAAGUUAGGCUCCUUCGCCGCCGCUGCGGCCUGCCACAGUGACGACGACGAAGACCACCGCGUCCGGAAAACAUGAGGCUAGCUGCAGGCCACUGCCCGCUGAUGUGGUGUUGUAAUAGGCAGAGCUGACAACAUUCCAAAUGUAGUAACCAAUAGGAAGUCGCUCCUGCAGUUAGAUGACUGUUUCACAUUUGACGGUGAGACCUUCGUAAAUUUUUUUAUGUACCAAAUUCUAUAAUGAAAUUGUCAUUUUCAUGAAGCCAUAUACAUGUAUGGCAUUACAGAUAUGCAUGCAUGCAUGCAAACGUGUAUAAAGUAUGUUUCGAAUUGAAUAAUCGCUCAAGUACCGUACACAACUUGGUACAAACAUAAAUACAUUAUGUGUUCAAUAACUGAUUGUAUUCCCAUAUGAUACACGUAUUUGGGCAUAAAAAGGGGGAGAUUUUGUAUAUUAGCUUUACCCUCUUUGUUCGGUAAAAGAUAAAGAGGAUGAAUGGAAAUGCUGCUUUUUAUUUGAAGAGCGCCCUCUGCCAUUUCUUUUUUAAAGAGUCAAAACCGAAAUGUGUGCAAUUUCUCUGUUUCCUCAGAUUCCCUUGAUUUACUUAUGAAAUUAAUUUCCAAGGAUUUUAUUAAACAUAUUUCUCACUUCUUUUAAAUUUUCGAAGUCCUCCUCAGACAUAACUAUCUUCAAGGUCUGUUUUGCCAACUUAAAAAAAUUCGGUCAAAAUUAACUGAGGGCAUGUCACACUGCAUAUUGAGGAUUUUCUAGAUGAGCCAUCAAGUCAGCUUUUCUGCACAGAAUUCAUCUUCAGAUAUUUUUAUACUUGCCGCGCUUGCAUUGCAUAUAUUAUCCUUUCUCAUUUCAAUGUUUGAUACCAAGAUGUUUAUGUACAUCCACGUUUAAUCAAUCGUUAAAUCAAAUGUUCAAGCGUUUAACUUUUUUUAUGAGGUUACAAGAAGAGCCUUACUGGGAAGUUUUUGACAUUUCUAUUUUGGUUAUAAUUAGAAAAACUGCAUUUAACCCAUCCAUUAAAUACGUGUCUUUUAUUGCGAUGGCUUAUUAGACGGGGCAUUCCUGCAAUGCGGUUCAUCUUCACUGAUGUUAUAAUUUAAGGAAAUGUAACAGCCCCAAUAUGAAAGUUUCUGACACCCAAAAACCAAGGAAUGGUAUCCGGGUGACGGGAACCAACACAGAUGGUAUUUAGUCAAAUUUUGAUCACCAUCCGAGUAUUAUCCGAAGAAUACAUUAUUAGCUAACUUGAGCUAAACCCUCUGAACGUGUAAAGCUUAUGGAAGAUUUUUGUAAGCAUCACGGAUUCGAUUUUAAAAAACAUAAAGGGAUGACCAAUAGAACCCCUUUUUUUGAUUUGUGUUUUUGUUACUUGCUCUUAAUCCUUUCUGCUCACAGUUCUGCUCUGUUGCAUGGAAAUGAAUGUACAGAUUUGUGACAAGGAUAAAUAAAUGGACAUCUUUUGCAAGAAAGUCCUCAGCUUGUGCAACAUAUA